CACUUCCCCUACUGGGCAAGCGCUCCCCUGGCCCUCCCUCAACAACGGAGGAUAUCCCUGCACCAGGAGGGAACAGGAGGGAAAGAAAAAUAAUCAAAACAAAACAGAAACUGGCCCGAAAUACCGAAAGGACACACUGAACAACAGCCGAGCUCUGCAUUCUUGACCUUAUCCACGAGGUCGUUCAUCUCAGGCACGUUCCCUCACUGUUUCCCGACAGAUGGACCUGGGCCCUGGCACUAGAGGUGACCUUGGGUAGCCAUACAGCCGCUUCCAGAUCGUUUCUUCGCCUGUGAACAGGUAUCCCCAAACGAAAGGGAACUAGAAGGCCGAGGCUCCCUGGCAACUUUUCCGGGUUCGGAGUGGAGGGUAAAGGAGCCAGAGAAGCCUUCCGAGCUAUUCGUGCGGCCGGCCGGCGGGGACUGAACGCUGAGUGGUCGGCUUUGCGGGAUCCUCGCCGCCUCUCCCUGCCUGUAGGGUUUGGUGGAGUGACUCACCGGUGACUGGGGUGGUCGCUCCCAUCCUGGCAGCCUUCCCUGGACGUGGACCUCCAGUCUCUUGACAGUCCUGCCACAGCGAGAGGAUGGCGGCUACCGGAACUGAAGCCAAGGACCUCAAAAACCAUCACAACAAAGACUGCUUCGUUCAACUUUCAAAUCCAAACAUAGCAACAAUGAAGGAAGACGUUCUCUACCAUUUCAACCUCAGCACUAGCACACAUGAUUUCCCUGCCAUGUUUGGAGAUGUGAAGUUUGUGUGUGUUGGUGGAAGCCCUUCCCGGAUGAGCACCUUCAUCAGGUAUAUGGCUGCCGAGCUGGGCCUUGACCAUCCAGGGAGAGAGUAUCCCAACAUCUGUGCAGGCACUGACCGCUACGCCAUGUAUAAAGUUGGACCUGUGCUGUCUGUGAGCCAUGGCAUGGGCAUUCCUUCCAUCGGGAUCAUGUUGCAUGAGCUCAUCAAGUUGCUGUACCAUGCCAGGUGCUCCAACGUUACCAUCAUCCGCAUCGGUACUUCAGGCGGGAUAGGUCUGGAGCCUGGCUCUGUAGUCAUCACGCAGCAGGCAGUGAAUGAGAGCUUCAAGCCGGAGUUUGAGCAGAUUGUCCUGGGGAAGCGGGUGGUCCGCAGCACCAGCCUGGAUGCCCAGCUGGUGCAGGAACUGCUGCAGUGCUCCUCAGACCUGAAUGAGUUCCCCACGGUUGUGGGUAACACCAUGUGCACCUUGGACUUCUACGAGGGGCAAGGCCGUCUGGAUGGUGCCCUCUGCUCCCACACAGAGAAGGACAAGCAGGCCUAUCUGCAGGCAGCGCACGCUGCAGGCGUCCGAAACAUCGAGAUGGAGUCUUCAUUGUUUGCCACCAUGUGCAGUGCCUGUGGCCUGAGAGCGGCUGUGGUGUGUGUGACCCUCCUGGACCGACUGCAAGGGGACCAGAUCAACACCCCCCACGAUGUGCUGGUGGAAUACCAGCAGAGACCUCAGAGGCUGGUGGGCCACUUCAUCAAGAAGAGCCUCGGCAGGACCUGAGGCUCUUGUCCUUGACACUCAGGACAAGCCUCUGCAACUACUGGCCAAUACAUCUAUUUUCAUAUCCCA